AGCCCGAGGCCGGCGCGGACUCUGCCCCUGGCCGGGCUGCUCCGCGCGCUGGCAUGGAGCGCAUCGAGGGGGCGGCCGUGGGCCGCUGCGCAGCCUCGCCCUACCUGCGGCCGCUCACGCUGCACUACCGCCAGAAUGGCACUCAGAAGUCAUGGGACUUCAUGAAGACACAUGACAGUGUGGCCAUGCUCAUGUUCAACUGUUCCCAGCAGAGCCUGGUGUUGGUGAAGCAGUUCCGGCCAGCUGUGUACGCGGGCGAAGUGGAACGCCACUUCCCAGGGUCCCUGGCAGCUGUGGACCACGACGGAGCCCGGGAGCUGCCCGUGGCUCUGCCUGGCUCAGCGGGGGUCACGUAUGAGCUGUGUGCGGGCCUCGUGGACCAGCCUGGGCUGUCGCUGGAGGAAGUGGCCUGCGCAGAGGCUUGGGAGGAGUGUGGCUACCGCCUGUCUCCCUCCGACCUGCGCCGGGUCGCCACCUACAAGACGAGACGUUAUGGUGUAGCCUGUCCAUGUGCUGCCCCUUGGAUGCCCUCACGGGUCCCUGAGCCUGAGGUGACGGAUGCCCAGCGGGACGGCCCGGGCGGGGGCCUGGCGGAGGAGGGUGAGCUCAUAGAGGUCGUGCACCUGCCCCUGGACGGUGCCCGCUCCUUUGCGGAUGACCCAGCUGUCCCCAAGACCCUCGGCGUCAUCUUCGGCAUCUCGUGGUUCUUCAGCCAUGUGGCCCCUGGCCUGCGUCCCCAGUGAGACUCCAGGGGCCCAGACCAAGGCUAGUUCUGGCCACUUGGCCUGCAGACGAAAAUAAAGGCUUGUGUGGCUCUA